AUGGUGUUUGUUACUGUCCAAGACUUUCACUCCAUGUGCCAAAAGCAUUUUCACUACCUCUUGAAAAAGAGAGACCGUUCGAGCCCUUCUUUAGGCUCUGCGGAUUCUUUACUCAAGGCUUCUCGUUCUGAAAUCUUGAGUCUCUUUAUGAGAUCAACGCUUUUGGCUUUGUUGUUUCUGUCAUUUACUUGGUUGAGUCUGCUCAAGUAUGGAACCGAUGCGACCGCUCCAUCUAAGUCGCUUGAAUCUGACCAUUCUGAGCUUCUGCCUUUGCUACUUAACGAUAUGGAGAAGGAAGGCCUCUUUAGGAUCGGAGAUAAAGAACUCCUCCUUAGCGGAGGAGAUGAUGAGGUCACUGUUUCUUCAUACUCUCAAACAGUGAUCGAGACCGAGAUGCUUCUUGUAUCUGCGAACGAUGAGGAGACGCAGAGCAUGGUCCCAAACGAGACCUUUGAUUUCGCCUUUGCGCAUUCUCGUCACAUUGACUCUGCUGAAUUUCUAGACCGGACUCUCAAAGUUGGCGCCAUCCUCACCGUCCAACUCAACCUACACGAUCUUCCUCCAAGUUUCUUGAAACAUUUGAACUACGAAAUAGUCUACAUGAAGAGCUCCGAGUACACGGUAAUGGCCAUGAGGAAAACAGGGGAAACAGAGCAAAAACAGAGCUUAGUCGCCACAGGGAGGAAGCUUCUCAGUAUCACAGAUGAAGAGGCCAAGAAAAAAGCUUUGAGUAAGCUAGAAGAUGUUCUCCUUGAACCACCAAGAGCAGCUUCAAGGAAAUCAAGAACAUACUUGAAACGGACACGGUACCUCCCGGAUCUUAUGGGAGACAGUUUGGACCUCGGGAGCUACUCGAGGCGGGUGUUCAUCGAUGUGGGUAACGGGAAAGGAAGCAGCGGAACAGAGUGGUUUGUUAAAAACUACCCAACGAGGAAACUGAAGUUUGAGAUGUACAAGAUUGAGACGGUGAAUGAUGAGAUGAGCCUAGAGUCAGAGCAGAUGGGGAUGACUGAGUGGCUUAAAGAGAACGUGAAGGAGGAAGAAUACGUGGUGAUGAAGGCAGAGGCAGAAGUGGUGGAAGAGAUGAUGAGGAGCAAGUCGAUAAAAAUGGUGGAUGAGCUUUUCUUGGAGUGCAAGCCAAAGGGUUUAGGGUUAAGGGGAAGGAAGAUGCAGAGUAGUAAGAAUGGUAGGGCUUAUUGGGAAUGUUUGGCUCUGUAUGGCAAACUUAGAGAUGAAGGUGUUGCUGUGCAUCAAUGGUGGGGUUGA